AUGUCACUUCGGAACCGAAGCUCAUCGAAAUCGCGCCGUUUUUCUGAAGCGGCCCUUUUACAGUCUCAUGACGCCGAUCCCAAAGAUCGAUUCACGGAUCUUGCCGAGGCAGCCUUGGAUGAAGCGGAUAUGGAAGAGGAACAGAAAGGUGUAAUUCAGGAAGUUGUCGAAGCGUUGAUUGCGCGCAGUGGAGCGCCAUUAGUAGCUGAAGUCAUUUCGGAACAACUGCGAAGCCAAGACGUCAUUGAACGUUUAGCGGAAUCACACGAAGAACAACGUCAACGUCUCAGAAAGCGACCCAGCUCUCCCGAUUCGGUUAUCGCUCCCAACAUUCUCAAAGAGCCCGUCACCGAACCUAUCCCUGAAGAGGCCGCAGCCCACGAAGAGGAAGUGGAACCGGUGGCCUUGCUUUCCGAGUACCUGUGGCGCUUGUUUCGCCUUCUUUUACUCGCCAGCAUCGUCGGCUUAAUCAUCCAUUUUGUUUACGCUCAUUCUUACGAAACAUACGUGUAA